UUAUUCUGAAAAAUGUAAUUUAUGUGAAAUAUGACUACAGCGCUUACGAUGAACCGCGAGAUAUGAACUUCGAAUGUUUUUCAAUAUCUAAUAAAGGUUACUGAUCAAGUUUGAUUACUCACGAUGAACGCUAAUUACUCUUUACAAGAUCAUAUCCGAUCUUCAGAUUAUAAACGAAAUGAACGACAAGAAAUGCUGGUUGCUCCACCGUUAGACUUAUCGUUUAAAAAAGCUACUACCAUGGACGAAUUGAUGGAAAAACGUGCGCAAAUAAUACGCACUAGAAAGGCACCAGUGAGAACGUUUAAAGAUCGUUAUGUAACCAGUACGUUGUGGCUAAGCAACAAUUUACUUAAAUCAAUGGAUGGUCUUCAGCGUCUCGUGGACAGAAUUCUUGACGAUCCCGAGUACCUCAGUUGGUUGGAUUUGUCUUUUAAUGAGAUAAGCGAGAUUGGAGAAGAAAUAGAAAAGUUUUCAAACUUGAAGAUUCUCUAUUUGCAUGGCAAUAAAAUUGCGAAUAUUGCGGAUACCUUAAAGCUUACGAAACUACAGAAUCUUAGAUCACUGACGUUACAUGGUAACCCGAUCGAAGACAUUCCCUGUUACAGGGGUUACAUCGUACAUCUUCUCCCACAGCUGCUCGUCUUAGAUUUUUCGCCAGUAAUUUCUGCGGAAAAGAAAAAGGCGCUACCCAUAGGAUUUUUUAAGAUGAUACAAUCUGGGAUACGAAUAUAAAAUUUAUUUUUUAUACCAUUGCA